UGAAGAUCUUAGACCCCGGCUAACUCUUAGACACGCAAACUGUUUGUGAAUCCCUCCUCGCUCUUCUGAGGCAGAUGCUGAAGUUCUUUAGAAGGAUCUUCUCCAUUCACACACCGUGCCUGCGUGAGAACAGAGAAAGCUCCCAACGAUCUUGUGCCUGAGCGGUGAGCCAUGCUGGGCCGGAAAACAGGACUCCCCCACAACCUGAACAGCCACCGCCAGCUGAACCAGUCCUGCCAGGAGGCUGUGCCCCUGCGGACCAGACCAUCUAAGGAGACGGAUGUCAGUUUGGAGGUGUUCAGCGGCUCUACGUCUGAAAUCAAACAGAGCCGCACCAGAGCCCAGCAGAUGUGGGAUAGGAAAGGUCGCAAAGCUGACCUCAAAGACUCUAACGGGAGAGAGGCAGAAACAAUUACCUUUAUUUCUGGUACAGCAGAGGCUCCCCCAAACCAGAGCUUCUGCUGUUCCUCUCUCUCUCAGGCCUGGAACACAUACAAGGCUGUUUUCUGUUGUAUAGUGACCUGUGGGGGCUGCUUUCAGGACUGCAGUGUCUGUAUCCCCUAUCCGGGGCCUGCCGAGACCUCCACUGAUGAUGGAAAGAACGGAGAUUAUAAUGGGCGACUGCCAAACAGCCCCGCCAACGUCUCUCCCGCUGAGAAGAAUGGCAACCCGAUCAAAAAGUCCAGCAUGGGUAGCAGUUUCAGUUACCCAGAUGUGAAACUGAAGGGCAUUCCUGUCUAUCAAAACAGGAGCCCCAGCCACCACCUGGAAUCGGAUUCGUGCUGCAAAGAGCAGCUGCCAGAGAAGCCCUUCAGGAACAGCAUAGAAAAGCCACCGCUCCCCAGCAGCCACCGGAGUUCGGAGGAGUAUUAUUCCUUCCACGAGUCCGACCUGGACAUCAGCGAGCUGAACGGUUCCAUGUCCAGCAGGGAGAUCGACGUCCUGAUCUUCAAGAAACUGACGGAGCUCUUCAGCGUCCACCAGAUCGAUGAGCUGGCCAAGUGCACGUCAGACACUGUCUUCCUGGAGAAGACCAACAAGAUCUCGGACCUCAUCAAUAGCAUAACUCAGGACUACAACCUGGAUGAGCAGGAUGCUGAAUGCAGGCUGGUCCGAGGCAUCAUACGCAUCAGCACCCGGAAAAGCAGAGUCCGGCCCCAUAUUUCUAUCCCAGCCAGCCAGAGCCACGAGGAGAAGUCCAGCAGAGGCAACGCACCCGAUAGCGGCAAUGAAACGAUGCUAGAGUCCAUAGUCAUCAGCCAAGACGAUUUGGCCGUGCAAAUAUCGGAAGAAACACCAGCAGAUGUGAUAGCCAGGAAUAUGAGGCGGCAUAGCAGCGCAGGCUCUCCAACAAGCAGAGAUUCCUCUUUCCAAGACACAGAGACUGACUCAUCUGGGGCACCUCUGCUUCAGGUGUAUUGUUAAGGAAAAGGACCCAAGCAGCAGGCAGGCAUUCCAAGGCUUUGCUGCAAUCAGAUUUCUCCUCUUGCAAUAUGGAGUGUGCUAUGCCACUAUUUUUUUUUCCUCCCUCAGACUACCCUGAUCCUUUGUUGAAGCCAAAUUUCUCCUGCUGUCUGA